AUGCACAAUUUCGGUACCUUCUUCCUUUGGGCGCUGGCUGCCUGUACCCUGUUUGAUGGAUCCUUCGCGAAGAGCCUUCGGUUUGGCUAUACAAUCCUACUCGACGAUAUGAGUCCCAAUCAGUCCGAUAGCAAUUGUCUUCCUGAACUCCGAUCUCUGUUAAACGACGCCGUGCCGGCCCGGGACCGAGGAAACACCUCUGAUGCUGUCAACGAAAUCAAAGCGAAGCUGGAGACAUUGGAGAUGAAAAUAGGAGACGUGCAGGUCAAGCUACCUCCGGAGAUAUAUGCCAAGCUGGAAGGACGACUACAAGGAGUGGAAGCUAAACUCGAAGGACAACUUCAGGAGAUGCAAUCGAAACUGGAGGCUAAACUCGAUGAAAUUCUGAUUGCGGUACAGAAAAAGAUUGAUAACCAACUUCAGGCGGUUGUAAAUCAACUGCAGUUAGUCCAGAACAAGAUAGAUGCUGCAAACGUGGAAGUCCCGGCUUCAUCCACGAUAACAGUUCCAUCCGGUUUCGAGCUAAUCGGAUCCUCCGCGGAGGACCAGUCUGGAUACAUUUGUAUUAUUGACGAACCGAACCCAAAGAUCCCAGGAAACAACCGUGAUGCUGACAACGAAAUCAAAGCAAAGCUGGACAAAUUGGAGGUGCAAAUAGGAGAGGUACAGUCCAAGCAGGAAGCCCAACUUCAGGAGGUGCAGACUAAGAUGAAGGAGACCCAAGCUAAACUAGAAGAAAGUCUGCUUACAGUACAGACUCGGCUUGAAACCCAACUUCAGGCGGUUCUAAAUCAACUUCAGGCAGUAUCGAAAAAUAUAGAUUCUGCCAAGGUGGAAAUCCCUGAUUUAGUUAGAAUUGCACCAUUUGGCUUUGAGCGAAUCGGUACCAGAUAUUUCCGAAUAGUAAAUGAAUAUGUGGAUUGGUAUACUGCUAAGAGAAGGUGUGUCGAGAUGGGAGGUCAACUGGCCGUCAUCCAGAGCGAGGAGGAGAAGACCGCUAUUGCGGCCAAGUUGUCCGGUUCGCUAUUCUGGUUGGGCAUUCACUACGAGCCUAAAGACAACGAGUACGUUUCUGUGGUGACUGACCAAAAGGCCUUUUUAAAAUGGGGUGAAUCGCAGCCAAAUAAGAGAAAUAAUGACAGAGAUGAGAACUGCAUUUGCAUAUUUUCCCAUCUAAUGCACGAUUAUUCGUGUGACACCAAAAUGCGUUUUAUUUGUCAGGCCUAA